AUGAGCGACCGUACUCACUAUGUACCCUGUCAUAUGGGAGACAAUGUGCUUCCUAAUCUACCUUUCUUCCACAAACUCCUUCGAUAUGCUCAGCGUAGACAGCCACGUAUCUCAAUUCGAGAUGUGAACGCCGGGCUAGAGAAGACAUUUCAUCAUGUCUUAUCUGAUGCAUUGGCUCUUCGCAAUGAAUUAGCGAAGACGCUCAGUCCUCAAACCCUACGAGAUCUUUCAAAUGAUAAAGAAAUCUAUAUUGGUUUGUUAGCCCCGGGUGGUUACGAAUAUACUGUUGGAUUUGUUGCUAUUCUUGCACUCGGCGCUGCGGUAGUCCCAAUGGCCGUUGGGUUACCGAUCGAAGAAGCUUCUUAUUUUCUACUUAAGGCAGAAUGUGUCGCAUUGAUAGCGAGCACAACCAACGCAUCACUCGCAAAUUCCGUGGUACAGUUCAUAAGCGAAAAGAACAACAUCCACAUCCCCUGCAUCUCACCCAUCGCAUCCUUCUUCGACACGGCUGUCUUCCCCGCGGACGAAAUCCUAAUUUCAUCAAAUCGAGCCCUUGAUAUAAACGGCGCUGCUGCAGUCAUAUUCACAUCAGGGACAACCGGUCCUCCCAAAGGAGCUGUCCAACGUCGCACCUGGUUAACAGGCAAUGCAGAAACAGAUGCGGAUUUCUACCGAGUCACAGAAGAAGACGUUAUUCUUCACGUUCUACCAGUUCAUCAUGCCUCUGGACUGGGGCUUACAUUUCUUCCUUUCCUAACAGCCGGUGCAUGCAUAGAAUUUCGAAGUGGGGGCUUUGAUACAGCAUGGACAUGGGAACGCUGGCGCCAAGGCGGACUGAGCUUUUUCUCAGGCGUGCCAACAAUUUACAUGCGAAUGAUGCGGUAUUUUGAAGAGAACAUUUUGAUACAGACUCCUAAUGUACGUGAUGAAUAUAUCAAAGGAGCGCGCGAUAUUCGCACAAUGCUUUGUGGAUCCUCGGCUUUGCCUGGCCCUGUUCAGGAUUUCUGGGAAGAGCUUCGAGAAAAGCCGAUGAUGACCCGAUAUGGGGCUACUGAGUUCGGUGCAGUUAUAAAAACUGACCUUGAUCCUCGGGGGAUGCCGAGGAAUAGCGUCGGUCGUAUUGUUGGGGGAGUUUCGCUCAAGCUCGAAGAUGAUGGUCAUUUACUUGUGAAAUGCCCGUAUAUGUUCUCAAAAUACCUCAAUGAUGAGAAAGCUACCACUCAAGCACACGAUAAAGAGGGCUACUUCAGAUCAGGCGAUAUCGCUCGACGGGAAGGAGAUUAUUUCUUUAUCCUAGGCCGUGCCUCAAUUGACAUUAUCAAAUCUGGCGGGUAUAAGAUCUCUGCUUUGGAUAUUGAGCGUGAGAUCCUUGGCUUGGAUUACGUGUCUGAGGUGAUGGUUGUCGGUGUUGAAGAUGAGGAAUACGGACAGCGAGUUGCAGCUAGUAUCAGUCUGAAGACGGAUCAAAGCACAACUCGGAAAAUACUCACUCUGGCAGAGUUAAGAGAGGACCUUCGAAGUAAGAUGUCGAGCUAUAAGAUACCUACUAUUUUACGAGUGAUCAAGGGGGAGUUGCCGAAAUCGAGAACGGGUAAAGUGCAGAAGAAGACCCUGGGACCGGAGCUUUUCCCACCGAACUAUAGAGAUCUUCCAGAAAUUCAGGUCUGGAGCAAAGAUAAGAGAUCAAAAAUUUAA